AUGACAGUCAAAGCGACCCGCUGCAAACCUGAGCCCCAUGCUUCUUCACGCGGUGGUAUCUUAGGGCUUCCCGCCUCCUUUGCCCCACCGUUGCUAUACUCGGAAUUCGUGCAACAGCUCAAAUAUGAUUUUAAUGCAACAGUCCUUGACCUCCCAUAUGUCGGACUUCGUGAUCCGCUUCCCCCUGCAUCAAUAAUGGACGAUGCCGAGCAUAUCAAGUCGGCGACGACGAGACUAGCUGAUGAAGGCUGUGAUAUCAUUUCGCAUGCUGUCGGGAAACUAGGAGGUAUUAUGCAUCUUGUCUACAUUGGCUCUCCGGCUCCUGAAGUCGGCGGGUCCAUGAUGAUGAUUAUGGAUGAAAAGCUGUCGCCCUUCAUGAAACUCGAGAUAGGCGAAGACAAGAUAAUCUUCAAGUACGCCAAUAACAAAAGGUUUCUACGGGGUGGCUACCUGACCUCUGAUCCUGAAGGCUACGCAAGCAUCAAUAUCUCGGAUCUCCCAUACGCCGACUCGAUCCAACAUGCAGGGCAGAUGAAGGCACAUUCAGCAGAGAGCUUUUCAGGUCCACUUCAUUACGCAGGGUAUCUGAAUACUCCUGUCACGUAUAUCAUGUGUGAACGUGAUAUUUCUGUAACCCCUGAAUUUCAGAGAUCCGUCAUUGACAUGAUUUCUGCAAAUGGCGGUAAAGAAGUAACCACUCUUCUUUGCAAUUCUAGACAUUUUCCCAACAUGAGCGACCCAGAUGAGUUGGCAGAUCUUAUAAAUACCGUUACUAUCCAGGGUUGA